CUGCGUCGCAUCGAAAACGUUCGAGACACGACGCAGCGUAGUCGGGCGUCGGUCCUGUUCGAGAAGAAAGGCGAAAUGGCUGCCUACUGUCUUGAUGAUUCGUUCCAAGUUUGAGCCGUCUAACAAAGGCAAGCUUGCGCUGAAUUUGUCUGCGAGUACUAAAGGCCAAAAGUGUAGACACCAGCAAGACAUCGCAGCAAUGAGCGUCAUCAGGCGAGUCAUGGUGAGCCGAAAACCGAGGACGGUCACCGCCCCGGAACGCAAACUAUGCAACUACAUGCACCGCGUGUGCCUCCAAGCCAGAAUCGAAGGCUACGAGUACUGCAUGCGGCACGUUCUCGAGGACAAAACUGCUCCUUUUCGACAGUGUGCAUACACCCACGCUCAGAGCGGGCGCCGGUGCGCCUAUGCGGCGCCGAAAACUGACAAACGGGAGUCUCUCUGCCAGUUUCACGCGCGAAAGGCUCUCCAGCACCGUCGUUCGUCCGGAAAAAAGCAGCACCUCGUCGAGACGCCGCAGAAAGUGAUCGAAACGUUGGAGCACUACUGCCGAGACCCGCAGCAUUCCGUGGACCAAUCGGACACCGCGAGAAACACGGUGAAGUUUUACGAUGUCGAAAGUGACGAGGAGCCUCCUACGAUCGGAGAGAUCCGACCGUACGCUGAAUACGACAGUGAUGCCGACAGUCUCGACAACGACCUGGACGAUCCGCUCCGGCACGCCGGCGUAUUCACCGUUGAGGAAGCCUCGUCAAUCACUCGAGAUAAGCUGGUGCGGUUGCAGAGACUGUACUUGGACCAUUUUAAAAGGCUGGCGGACAUCCUGACGCAAAAGCGUGCUCAGUACCUUCGUAACAAGGCCACGUCAGUGCCUGUGACCAAGGACUUCGCCUCGCCUCAGGAGGAGGCGCUCUACAAGCGGUACCGCGCCUAUUACCGGUACCAUCGCACCUACGGUCCCGAAGCUAUUCUCAAGGCUCGGUUCAAGCGCAAGCAGAAACGCUUGGGUGAUGUCAAACCCGUGACUUGCAGCCAGGCAGGGUGCAGCAAGAGCGUCAUACCCUUGUCGAGGUUCUGCCGCUCUCACAUCCUUAACGACCGCAAACAACAGCUGUUUGAGCGCUGUGAUGGUGACAGCAACAAUGGCCAGCCUUGCAGCACAGUAAUGUUCAAAGUCCGCAGCCCGCGCGACGUCUGCCUGAUUCAUGCAGCGCCCAGCCCGGCCUUGGGCCGCAGUGUCACCGAAAGCAUAGGCAGCAGUGAAAACGCACAUGUGGAUGUUGAGAGCACAGUUGAUAUGGACAUUCCUGAAAUAGAGCAUUUCCAGUCCAUGGACGACAUAGCUGCCUUGGGCUUGGAUGUGGUGCAGCCUGGUUGCCUUUUUGGCCUAAACCAAUUUGGAGACCCUGGUGAAUCGACCGACUCGGCCCUGUCAGAUGAUGGGGGUACCAGCGGCAUCAUAGGCUUGGGAGCGCCUUCUGACAUCCUAGAUGAUGUGGAUGUUGUCAAGUGACACCCAACUGAGUUUCAGUGUGAACCGAGUUUUCAAGACCCCUCACAAGCAAAAUUGAAUGUGUUAACCGACUAGUCCAGUUUCAUUGUGAGAACAGCAUUGAUUAAAAUGUUGGCUAAGUUGGUUA